CUGCAGACAUCAAACGACUUCAGGCUGUUCCAUUAUACACAUCCUAUUUUUUGUGCAGAGAAAAUGUGAAAAUCGUUCAAAAAUGAAGUUUUCACUCACAUUCUCCGUAGUUUUCUUACAAAUUUGCGGAUUUGUAACACCGCAGCAAUAUAAAUCCAUAAAUAUUGGUGGUAUUUUUCCGGAAAAAAGCAAGCAUUUGGUGGAUGCUUUUGAAAAUGCAGCACGACUGAUGAAUACGUUUAGUGAAUACGUCAAACUACAACCGUCUGUGACUACUGUUGAUAUAAAUGAUAGCUUUAAAGUGCAAAAAGCAGUUUGUGAUAUGGUCGAAAGCAAUGUAGCUGCAAUUUUUGGACCAAAUUCACCAAAAACCACAAAUCUCGUAUCAUCAAUAUGCAAAAAGGUACAAAUUCCCUACUUCACGUCGAUUUGGCAGCCGAUCGAUGUUGACGACUUCAACAGCACUGACUCCUUUACACGGAACCUAUUUCCCCAUCCAAAAAGAUAUUCCGCAGCAUUGAUGGAGAUAAUAAAAAGUUUUCGAUGGCUGAAAAUUGCUGUCAUUUACGAUUCUGAAUUGAAUUUGGCCAAGCUACAGCACACAUUCAAUGAUUUUUCGAGAGUGGAUAACAGUGGUAAACAAUCGGUGUCAUUCUAUAAAUUGCCCACGGAUACGGACGACUACCAGCCAUUGCUUAAGAGUAUAUCCAAAUCGGGCAUCGUUCAGAUCAUCAUUGACUGUACGAUGGAUAAUAGUUAUUCGGUGCUGAAACAAAGCAUCAAAGUUGGCAUGACAAACGAAUAUGUGAGCUACUUUCUACUCGGUAAUGAUGGUCAUACAAUAGAUCUAUCAUCACUGUCUGAUAUAAAAUCCAACAUAACAACCAUUCGACUUUUGAAUCCAACGAAAGCCGAUGUUUAUGAAUACGAAACGCAGCCGAUUUUCUUGAGAAAUCGAUACUACAAACCAAUUUUCAAUGCAAAUCUGAUGACAACGGAAGCUGCUCUGAUUCAAGACGCUGUAACGGUUUUCUCGAAGGCUUUUGGUGACAAUGUUACAUUUAUCGAUCAGUUCAAUAUGAGUCCAACUUCAUGUUACAAUUUUCUUCCGGAAGAAGAUGAGGAAAUGCCGUCCAGUGGCAGAGAUGUUCUCGAUAAAAUUGAUCAAAAUACUGUUCCGGGUCUGACUGAAGAGAUCCGAUUCGAUGCAGACGGAUUACGUGAUAUGUUUUACAUUGAAGUGCUUGAAUUACAACGUAACAACGAUACCGGCGAUACUUAUCGAAAAAUUGCUCUUUAUGACACAAAAUAUGGCAUCACAUUGCUGCGCAACUUUACCAAUGUCGAGGAGCAAACCACAAUAUCCAUGAAGUUGAAAGUAUUUAAAGUGAUCUUGCGCGAGGGAAUGCCAUUUCUACGAAAAAAGAUCGAUGUUGUCAUUGGCCAAAAUAUGACUGACAAUGAUUUGUACGAAGGUUUUGCAACGGAGCUCAUAAAAGCAAUCGCUGUCAAAUGUGGAUUUAGCUAUGAGAUCAAAGUUGUCGACAUGGAAAACGGUAAAGAAGAUCCAACCACUGGUCAAUGGUCGGGGAUUAUUGGAGAAAUUGUCAAUAAGAGAGCUGACUUAGCCAUUGGCGAUAUUACUGUGACGCAUUCACGCAAAACUGUAAUGGAUUUUUCUACCCCAUUCAUGACUUUAGGAAUCAGUAUUUUGUAUGCUAAACCACACAAAGAGAAGGCUGGUUUGUUUUCUUUCAUGGAUCCACUGUCAAGGCACGUUUGGGUUCACGUGGCUACGGCUUUUUUAUGUAUUUCAAUCACUGAAUUCUUGCUGGCUAAAAUGACUGCGAAUGACUGGGAAAAUCCACAUCCCUGUGAUGAAGAUCCCGAAGAAUUGGAAAAUAUUUGGAACAUGCACAACUGUAUUUGGUUGACGGUAGGCUCUAUUAUGCAGCAAGGAUGUGAUAUUCUGCCCAAAGGUAUACCGACCCGUAUGGCUGCUGCUGUCUGGUGGUUCUUCGCUCUCAUUGUCAUUUCUUCUUAUACCGCUAAUUUGGCUGCCUUCUUAACCAAAAUUCAAAUGGAAGAAAGUAUUGGCAGUGUCGAUGAUUUGGCAUCUCAAAAUCAAAUACGAUAUGGGCUACAAGCUGGUGGCAGCACGGAAGCUUUUUUCAAGAACUCAAAUUACUCCACCUAUCAAAAGAUGUGGUCUGUCAUGGAAAAGGCUGAACCAAGUGUGUUUGUAAAAGACAAUAAGGAAGGUGUCGAACGAGUAAAAGGAAGUAGUCGCGGAUAUGCUUUCUUCAUGGAAUCAGCUCCCAUUAAAUAUCAAGUUCACCGUGAAUGCAAUCUGACACAAGUUGGAGGCUUGUUAGACUCAAAAGAGUAUGGUAUCGGAAUGCCACUUAGUUCACCAUAUCGUACCGCAAUUAGUCAAGCAAUUUUACAUUUGCAAGAAGAAGGAACAAUUCAAGAACUUAUAACGAAAUGGUGGGAAACUAAAGAUAAGGAUGAAAAUGGCAAUGAAAUCGAUUGUGAAGCUGAUGAUUCAGAGCAAUCUGAUACACCCGAGCUUGGUAUGGACAACGUGGGCGGGGUAUUCUUGGUUUUGGCUAUUGGUAUACUUCUAUCUAUUUUGGUUGGUAUUCUAGAGUUCAUUUGGUCCAUCCGACGCACCUCGAUUGAUGAACGGAUUACUCCAUAUGAGUCAUUCAAGAAGGAGCUCAAAUUCGCCGUGAGUGUAUGGGAAAAUCGUAAGCCAGUUGCGCGUAUGUCAAGUGCUGGCAGUUCAAUACGAUCAAACAGCUCAAAUGGAGGCGAUGAAAUGCAAAUGGGUCCGACCAAAAAUGCAAAACAAAACGGAGUCAAUGGCUAUUGACUUGGAAGUUAUAAAUGAAAUUCGAUCAAAUGUAGAAUAGUUUAGAUUUAUUUCCCGUAAAUUGCUUAGGUUUAUUCUGCUUUGCAUUGCAUCGAUUCAAUUAUUUUACAUUGCUUUGAUUUGAUGGGUGGCGGUCAUAACGCCCCGGACGGACGAACGGACAACGACCGGACGAGCGGACGGACGCACUGCCCCGGAAGGACAAUUUUUGUCUGUCCGUCGAUUCAAUACUCACACGGACAGAGACGACGGACGGACAAAAAUUCACGGGCAGAUUAAUUUGUUGCGGAUACACGGACGGACGGACAAUCUCAUUUUUUGAUGGGAUAGUUAUUAAUGAAUGCUCGCACAAAAUUGAUACGGUGGUCAUCACCGUGAUACAUUAACAUAAAUUAUCGAAUAAUACACCGUCAACAAUUUGUGUGUUGCCAUCUCAAUGAUAUUUUUUUCUUCUCAUCCAUUUAUUCAAGCUCAGGGUUGUAUGACCGAUCUGUUCAACACCCUACAAUUAUAAUUGCUGGUGUAUCAACCGGUAAAUACGAUUAAAUAGCACCCAUUGUGAACUCUCGGUGGCUUUUUCAUAUAAAUAAAUCAAAUAAAAGGAGGUUUUAUCAACGAACAAUGGCCGAUAUGCCCACGUACAUUCUCGUGUUAUUCGUUGUGUGUUGGGUUUUUUCUCUCUGUUAAAUGUUUUCAUCCAGCUGAUUCGUGUAUAUAAAUGUAUCAGAUCAGGCACUCACACAGAGAGACUUGAAGUUGAAUUUCAAUUGUCAUUCUCAGAUUUGUCAAUAAUUAGUUUAGUUUGAAUUGUGCGCAAGUCAUUUUCUCUUUCCUCUCUCACUCACAAAACUCUAUACUAUGUAUUGGUUCAAUCUCAUCUUGAAUACUGCAACGUUGUAUGGCUACCGAAUUAUAAAACGACAUAUUCGAUGGAUCGAAACGAACGAAAAUAAAUUCGCUUUAUUGGAUGCUCAUUUGGUGGUCUACGAUGUGCAUUGUGCACAUCCUUAAUUGCACCAAACAAAUGCUGCAGUUAAAUUAACAUAGCCACGAUCUGACGCUUCUUCUUCUCUCUUUAUCUUCACUCCUCUCAUUGACUCAUUGAACUACUUGAAAUCAUACCCACACGAAACAUCUAUCUCUGCUUCUAUCAAAACCCGAACGAGACAGAAAAAAAGAGUUUCUUUACGAAAUCACUAGAAAUAAAGUACGACAACAAUUCAUAAGCGCACCACACCGGAAUCACAGCACAACAGGAAUAAUUUUCUCUCUCAUUGAUUAAUAUCAAAUUAACUUGGUCAAUGAAUUGAAUUUUUUGAUUAUUUUAUCUAUUGUUUCAUAUAAGAAGUAGUUUGCCUAGAAUCAAAUAAAAAUUGUCUUCAAUUUUUAA